CCCAGUGUAGACAGGCAGACCAUGGCAGAAUUCUCCCAGAAACAGGGGAAGCGGCGUGGCGACGAGGGCCUGGGCAGCGCUGUGGACUUCCUCUUGGCCAAUGCCCGCCUGGUGCUGGGCGUGGGCGGGGCUGCUGUGCUGGGCAUUGCCACCCUGGCCGUGAAGCGGCUCAUCGACAGAGCUACUAGCCCACGGGACGAGGAUGAUGCCAAGAGGGACAGCUGGAAGGAGCUGAGUCUGCUGAAGCCCACACCGCACCUACAGCCCCGGCCCCCGCCUGCGGCUCUCAGCCAGCCCGUGUUGCCCCUGGCCCUCUCGCUCUCUGCCCCAGAGGGGCCUGCAGACGCUGCUUCUCAGACGCCACCUCAGCUCAGCUCCCCAGCACCAUUGUGCCUAACGUUCCAGGAGAAGCUGCUGGCAUUCGAGCGGGACCAUGUGACCAUCCCAGUAGCUCACGUGGCUUUGGCCAAGCAGCUGGCUGGCGACAUUGCCCUUGAGCUGCAGGCCUACAUGCGGAGCAAGUUCUCAGAACUGCCCUUCGGGGCGCUGGUGCCUGGCGGGCCGCUCUAUGAUGGGCUGCAAGCGGGGGCUGCCGACCACGUGCGUCUGCUGGUUCCGCUGGUGCUGGAGCCGGGCCUGUGGAGCCUACUGCCUGGCGUGGACACCGUGGCGAGGGACCCGCGCUGCUGGGCCGUGCGCAGGACUCAGCUUGAGUUCCUCCCCCGCGGGAGCAGCCCCUGGGACCGCUUCCUGGUGGGGGGCUACCUCUCCUCCUGCAGCCUGCUGGAGCUGCUCCGCAAGGCACUGACUGCCUCCGUCAACUGGCCGGCCAUCGGCAGCCUUCUUGGGUGCCUAAUCCGGCCCAAUGUGGCCUCGGCGGAGCUGCUGCUCGAGGUGCAGCACGAGUACCUGGAGCUCACUUUGGCCGUGCUCGUGGUGGUCACUGGUACUGACUUCUAUGACCACCACCUCCUGGCCUGGCCCCUGGAGGGGCUGGCUGGGAACCUCUGGCUGCAGGACUUGUAUUUGGCAGAGGCCGCCAGGCUGCGUGACCUGGAUGACCGUGAUGCUGGGACCCGCCGACGGCUGCUGCUGCUGCUCUGUGCUGUCUGUCGUGGCCACCCAGCCCUGGAGAGGCUGGAUCGGGGCCAUCUGACCCAGGUAGUUCUGCAUCUGGGGGAGGAGGAUGUGGACUGGGCUGAGGAGGCCUUGGGCGAGCGCUUCCUGCAGGCCCUGGAACUGCUCAUUGGCAGCCUGGAGCAGGCCAGCCUACCCUGCCACUUCAACCCCAGCAUGAACCUCCUCAGCAGCUGGAGCGAAGAGGACAUUGACAACAUUGGCUACAUGCUGUACAGUGGUCUACAGGCUCCCGAGAGCCUGCUCCAGGUGGGUGGGGAUAGGUGGCCAGCACGUUUCUGAUUGGUAUAUGUUUGGGCUAUGGUCACCAGUUUCCCUGAGCCCAAAGAUCUUGGGUUACUGCCACCUGAGCAUGGCUGGACUGCCUCGGCAGCUUGGAGGACCAGCCACUCUCACCGGCAUCCCCUCAGCACUUCGGGGCCAACCCAGGACCCUGGGCUCAGUCCAUCAUCACCAGCAGUGACUCCACUGAUAGAACGUGGCUUUGCCGUCCUAGACAGGUUGAAGGCCAGCUCCAUGUUUCUGCCAAGAGAGUGAUUCACACUUUCCUCGGGCUCCAGCUCCAGGCACCUUGAGGCAACUAGUGCCUGGUAAGGAUCAUGUGUGUUCUGUUCCCCAGGGCUGGAGUCACCUGGUCUGUGUCUUGGCUGUUGAGGGAUGGCGUCAUCCCGGUGUCUGCUAUGUGUGUGGCCUUGUUGAGCUCUCCUUGAGCACUGGCUCAGGAAUCUGUCUUACUGCCCACCUGAUACCUCAGGGGAAGGCCUCUUUCCCUCCAGCUGGGUGAGUUUUGUCUUCAGGCAGCAGAGGCCCUGGAAGAGCCCCUUCCUCACUGGGGGACCUGAGGCUCUCUGCCGCCCGCCUUGCCUCAGCCAAGGGCACACCAUGUGGCUGCUUCUAGGCCCUGCUGGAGAGUGGAGGACGUGUCCCUCCUGGAGAGGCUGGUGCACAGACCUGGCCUCUGCAGCGUGCCAAAAUGAGCUGCUCUCAGCUCAUGUCUGUACUGUGACUUUGAAGCCUGGCAGUAGUGACGGGGUUAGGGGAGGGAGAGUCCGCCUCCCCUCACAGGGCCCCUCCUGUCUUUGGUAUCUUUCCUGCUGAAACAAAGCUAUGACUUGAAGAAUGAACGGGAAUAAAAGGAAAAAAAAUCUCA